GUGUGUUUGAUUGACGAAUCCUCCCCCUCCCCCCUGCCAUCCUAACACGGUUCCUGAUUAAGAGGACGAGAGGACGUAAAAUGAGGAGCUAAUUUAAUUUACAACAUUCAACAGUUUAUGUCGCAAAAACACACUUUAAAAUGUAAUUUCACGAACCUUACCCGUGGUUUACACAAGAGGGUGGAAAAUGAGAGGGAAAUGGCAGUCAGGUGUGAAAGCGGCGUCGGGUGUGUAAUGAUGGAUGAUGACAUCCAUUUGCGGUGGAUUUAAAGCUCAAAAAAACACAAAUUUCAAUGCUGGAAAAUGGUCGAAAAUCAUGUGUGUGCAAACUGCCGUAUCAUUGGUUCACGGUUGAGGAAACACUUUGAUUCCUCCGUGGUGUGUGUGUGUGUGUGUGAUGCGCACAAUUAUUUUCAAUGAUGCUGAGUCAUAGAGAAAGAAUUUCUUGUUUAUUGUGAAAAAAUAACAUUGAUAAUAGUCCAAGCGAUAGGAACAGUGCAUGACGUCAAGUACGGCGAUUAGUGGACCAUUCUCAACCGGGGCAUGAUUACUUUCGCUUCCGACAAGUUGGAACGCGUUGAGACAGGUUUUGGACGUUGGAAAUGUGAUGCAAACAACAUGGCCACCACUAUCGCCACCACUACCACACAUACCCAUAAUGUACUUCCAUCUGGUAUAUACAACGCCCUGUGCAAAAGGAAACGUGAAAGAUCUUGUCGCGCUUUGAUUUGCAACCCUCCUUUGUUUACGAUCACCCCCUUGACCUCUAAAAACAUGCAUACGCACACACUCACACAGACAUGCGCGCUACUGGGGGUUGAAUUAAGUCCCCUCCCCUUACCACCCCUCGAAGAUCCUCAUUAUGAGACUAAAAGCCGGUUAUUAUCUAAGCAUGCGCAAUCUCCCUACCCUCCAACCAAAACCCCAUUUUCUCUUCGGUUUGAAGUAUUUUCCAGGAAAUUAGAUUAACUAACACACACACACACACUGAUGCGCACAUGCUCGUACACGUGUGUGUGCGUGUUUGUGGUGAAAUUGGACACGAUGACUCAUCAAGUAUCUCUUUUCCAGUGUGUCCAGUGGGGGUGGUGGUGGGGUAUGAAGGGAUCGUACGGUGGUGUUCGUUUUGCCGGCACAAACAACCCUCGGAGACGCAACAAAAACAGUAACAGAUAGCGGACAGCGGCGUAGAAGCACAGUCGCGAGUAUAUAAGCGCAUUGGAAGGGCAACCGUUGCAUCAGAGAAGCGUUGACAUUCGAUUGUUUGCAACAAACGACAACCCCUCAGGCUCAGUAUAACAACGACAACGGUGCGUGAAGCAACAACUACUAGCGAGUCAACUUCAACCGAGAAGAGUUCGAGAAACAACGGGUCAAAGCGAGCAAAAGAAGCGAGCAGUUUGCCAGCAGCGGCGAAGCACGAUGGCAAAGGUACCAACGACACCAACAAUUCUGCCGGAAUUUCACGGCGAAACGGACGACUGGAACGUGUACCGGGAGAUUCUGGACGAGUUCUACCGGGCGAACGUUAUCACCGGGGAUGAUCGCGUACCGGUGCUGAUCAGUGUGAUUGGCAAGGCCACUUACGGGACGCUGCGAAGUCUGUGCCACCCGACCGCACCGAAGGACAUGCCGUACGAGGAGCUGUGCGCUGUGCUGGCCCGCCAGUACAUUCCGGAGAUUGCGAUCUUUCGCCAUCGGGCCCUGUUCUAUCGGGCGGAGCAGCAGCGUGGUGAAGGUGUGAAGGAGUGGUACGCCCGACUCAAGGCCUUGUCGAUGGAGUGCCAGUUUGAUGCGGGCCUGCUGGAGCCCCUGCUGAUAGACCGGUUUGUGGUGGGCUUGGCCCCGGGACCGGUACAGAGCCGCCUGUUCGAGGAGCAGCCGGAGCAGCUGCGUAGCAUCGACAGGGCGGUCUCGCUGGCCGCUGGCAAGGAGGCGGAACUGCUGCAACAGCAACAUGGCGGUGACGAGAUAGCGUACGAGCUGGCCGGCCUGACGAUUGGCGAGGGUGGUGAGAUGCGGCACGGUAGACGCCAUCGACGGCACGGAAAGCACGAGCAUCGUGCAUUUGGACGGGAGUAUGGUCGACAUGGCCAUCAUCAUCAUCAUCGACACGGUGGCCAUCAUCCGCAUCCACAUCAUCUUUCGGAUCAUGAGGCAGGCCACAAGCAUCACGGACAUCGCGGACAUCACGGGCAUCAUGGACAUCCAAUGCACCCGGGACGUCACUUUGGACGACCACCCUAUGGUCCUGGUCCCAUGAACGUUCAUCCGUUUGGCGAUGCAAUGACGCGGCGCCAUCACUUUGGACCGGGUGGUGGUGGACCGUUCGGCGGCUAUCCCGGAAUGAUGGAGCACUUUGGGCACCGGUUUGGGCGUCAUGCGCGAGGAAAGGGAUGUCAUCAUCGUCGCCGAAGCUCGUCCUCAAGCAGUAGCAGCAGCAGCAGCAGCAGCAGCGGUAGCAGCAGUGAUUCCAGCAAAAGCUCUUCCAGCUCAUCUUCCGGCGCAGAGGUGGAAGUUCCGAAUGAUAAAAAGAUUGAGAAGCAGCUGAAGAAAAUCCGCAAGCAAUGCAACAAGAUGGACAAGCGUGCAAAGAGAUACCCUUUCGGCAAGCGGCACGGCCCCGGACGUCAUCAUCACCACCACCAUCGUCACGAUCACGAUGAGAGCAACAAGGAGGAACGCUGUGGCAAGAAGGGUCGUUGUCGUCGGAAUCGCAAGCAGGCGGAGGAAGAACCAACAGCGCCCGAGCAUCCGGAACAAGUGUCGCCCACAGAUCCUACGACGGAACCGGAACUGAUCGAGUGAGGCACAGGAUCAGUGCAGCAAAUUCUAUUCUAUGCUUACAUCACAAUAAUCUCAACAUUACACCGGUGUAAUUACUAAUGGGUUAUUAUUACUAAUCGAGCCAUCCACCAAAAAAAAAGACAAAAAUGAAAAUGGUACAUGUAUAAGCCAACAACAAAAA